AUGACGAAUAUGAAGGUGGUGGUGGUAGCCGCCCAAGCCUCGGACUUGGGCAUUAUGGCCACCAGUACCAUCCCUGACGACGGUGCUUCAUCGAGCCCGGAGGAGGUUCUCGACCACCCCUUCAACAUGUACUCCCGCUGCACCAGUGCGCCUGCCAGCUCGGCUUCCGCCGGUUCCACCUAUGCACACUUAAGCCACCUCAUCUGUCCUUCUCCCUCGGAAUCCCCUGCCACCUUCGGUGUCCCUUUCAAUUGGGAGGAGAAGCCUGGCACUCCCAAGUGUGAAUUUAGCUUCAGAAAUGAUAACCGCUGCAGCGAGUUCGACUUUGACUUGGGUUUCAGAGGAAAUCAGUACGAACAGCCGGCGGUAGCUGCAACUGAUGAGGUCUUUGAGAAUAAAAUAAUUCUGCCAUUGAAGCCUCCUCCUCGCCUAUACUUCCAAAGCGUGGACCACGGAGGCGGCGCCACCUCCUCUCAGCGGCCUCCGAGGCCCCCUAGAACGAGAAGGUUAUGGUCUUUUCGCCACCAGAGCAAACGUAGCGACGACGACGAAGAAGAAGAAGAUCCCUUCACGGUUGCGAUGGUGGAGGCAACAAGAGAGAGUUCAGGGAAGGACAAGGAUCCUAUUUCUUUCCUAGCCAAGGGCGUUAUGCGUCGCAAGUGGCGGUUGAGGGCGCUGCUCCCUCUCCGGUGUGCGUCAAACAAGCAUCCGGCCAAGUACACCCUGUUAUCAUCAUCAUCAUCAGCAACGUCCAACCAAAAAGUAGGCGCUAUGGAGACGAGAAAUGAAGGCUUCGGAUCGACUCAAAGCCAUGAUCCUGUGCAUAAGACGCACUGCACCGCAGAAGGGGAAGCGUCGAAGGAAUUGAAGAAGAAAUCUUGCAAGGACUUGCUCGACUUCAUUGGAUUCAAUGCAGGUGGCCGUAAAUACUGCUUGGGUGGUGGUCGUCAAUGA